CGCAUUCGUGAACACAUCGCAGGCGUAUGUACAUCUUUGCGCCUGAGCAACGUGAUCUUUGCCGGCCUUCUACUUCCUCUUCCCGUGGUGAGACAUAAUGGCGUCCGGAACACUCUACACGUACCCAGAAAAUUUCAGGGCCUACAAGGCGCUGAUCGCGGCCCAGUAUUCCGGAGCCCAAGUUAAAGUCGCCAAAGAUUUCGUCUUCGGUGAGACCAACAAGACCGAAGCUUUCCGAAAAAAGUUCCCUCUCGGAAAAGUUCCAGCUUUUGAAACCUCUGAUGGAAAAUGUAUUACAGAGAGUAAUGCCAUAGCCUAUUAUGUGGCAAACGAUCAGUUAAGGGGAACGACCAAACUCGAACAAGCGGAGGUCAUUCAAUGGUUUGGAUUUGCCGAUUCAGAAAUUCUCCCUGCAAGUUGCACCUGGGUAUUUCCAUUGCUUGGAAUUAUUCAGUACAACAAAAUGAGUAUCGAACAUGCAAAAAGCGAUAUCAACAAAGCUUUGAAUGCUUUAAAUAUCCAUUUACUUAAUCGUACUUAUUUAGUAGGAGAACGCAUUACAUUAGCAGACAUUAGCGUUGCAAUGACACUGUUGCAUCUCUACCAAUAUGUUCUUGAGCCUAAUCUAAGAAAGCCAUACCAGAAUGUAAAUCGGUGGUUCCAAACGAUUGUCAACCAGCCAGAAUGUGUUGCUGUUAUUGGUGCCUUUAAACUUGCUGAUAAAACCUUGGAGUAUGAUCCAAAGAAAUUGGCCGAAAUACAUGGAAAGGGAAAAAAAGAGAAAAAGGGGGAAUCAAACAAAGAUAAAGUAGCAGUUCCAGUUUCUGCGUUAGCUUCAAGUGAAACACAUGGAAAGGGAAAAAAAGAGAAAAAGGAAAAGGAACUUAAGGGGGAAUCGAACAAAGAGAAAGAAUGUUCGGCAGCCGAUCCUGCUGCAUUAAUUUUAGCUGCUGAACCGGAAUCCAAAAAUCCGUUUGAUGCUAUGCCUAAAGGAACUUUUGACAUGGAUGACUUCAAACGAUUCUACUCUAACAAUGAAGUAGAAGAGUCGAUUCCUUACUUCUGGAAAAAUUUUGAUCCAACUAAUUAUAGUAUUUGGUUUGGUGAAUAUAAAUACAACCAUGAGUUGACUAAGGUGUUUAUGUCCUGUAAUUUGAUCAGUGGAAUGUAUCAGCGCCUAGACAAAAUGAGAAAAGCAACAUUUGCCAGCGUCUGUCUUUUUGGAACUGAGAAUGAUAGUACCAUCAGUGGUAUUUGGGUAUGGCGUGGACAGAAUUUAGCAUUUACACUAUGUCCUGACUGGCAAGUUGAUUAUGAGUCAUAUAAUUGGACCAAACUAGAGCCAUCGGAUGAACAAACCAAGACAUUAGUGCAAGACUAUUUCAGUUGGACUGGUACUGACAAAAAAGGCAGGAAGUUUAAUCAGGGCAAAAUUUUCAAGUAAAAUCUACGUAACAUUUGCAAAAGAAUCGAAAAUUCAAUUUGCAAGAAAUAAAUCUUGAAAAAAAAAAUAACCACCUAGAGGUCAUGAAACUUUACACAGAAUCCUAUAAAAUCCUAUAAUCGUCAUACAUGUAUGGAGACUUCGCUUGACAUGUUCCUUCCAUCGCUCCGUUACUUAAGAAAUAUAUGGCUGUGUUAUUUUCAUCCUUGCCAGAACUUAAUCUUAGAGCCAUCGUAAUUACAGUAAUAAGUACUUAAAGUUUGUCCUUACUUCUCUUUAUGCUCUCCGACAUUCUCAUUGAUAUGUACUGGAUUUACCUAAUUCAUAAGGUGUGAUUGAUUUAAAGUGCAUAGCAUGAGAGCUCAAUUUUAAUUCUUUUUUGUUAUAUUGUAAUCUUACUUCAUGAUCAUAUCAUAAAUAACGCAUUGUUAAUAAUUUUAACAGACAUGUUCUAUUAAUGGUUUAUUUCGUUUGUAUCUGCCUUUAUCUAAAAGAACCUAUAUAAUUUCACUUAAGUUUAUUUGGGCGGCUUAAAUUGAUGUUAUUUAACUACUUUUAUCAACAAAUUAAUAAUAUUAGAAAACUUAACAAAGAUCAUAGAACUACUA